AUGUUGGGCAAAUAUUCUUUGAUUUUGUCGAGUCAAGGAAAGCAAUUUAUUGUGGACACUAAGUCAAUAUUUAAAUAUGAUGGAAAAAAAAGAGUUUCAGUUUCAGAAGAGGACAAAGAAAAUGAAAAUUUGUGUAUCCAUUGUCCUACUUUGAUACUAGAAAAUGGCUUCAAGACAAAUAUGAAGCCAAAAAGUAGAAAAAGAAUAGUAAAGUUAAAGAGACUUUACUUUUACUCCUCAAAUAAAAAGAAAACCGCAAAUACUCGUAUAAAUGCUGAUAAAAAAAAUGUUGCUGCACAAAGAAAAUUAACCAACAUCCAAAAGAAAAACGUUGAACAAAAGGGUGAUGAACAUUACAAGAAUUUCUUGCAGCCACCAAACGAUAAUGAUGACGGGUCAUUUGUCAUAAAUGAUGGAGAGUUCGAUACUGAACAAACGAGAUCGUCCCAACAUGAGUCUGACAAUGAAUUUGAGAUUGAAAUAUUUGACAGUGGAAUGUCUCAAAAAACACUUGAAAGAACGCCUGAAACUACACCUGAAAGAACGCCUGAAAGAACGCCUGAAAGAACGCCUGAGAGAACACCUGAAAGAACGCCUGAAAGAACACUUGAAAGAACGCCAGAAAGAACACCUGAAAAAAGUCCUGGAGGAACACCUGCAAAAACUCCUGAGGGAACACCUAAAAGAACAUUAUCAGAUUCAGUUACUCAUUCACCAAGAACUUCAAACUUAUCACCUCGAACCAUCAAAAAAAUGAAGGCAAACAUUAUUUUUCAAAAACUUACUGAACUCUCUGAAAAUGUAGAAAACAUGUCUGCCCGCCUGAGUAAGGUAGAGUCAAAUAUAGCUGAAAAUAACAACUGCAAUAACAGCAACAAUAAUAAUAAUAAUAAUAACAAUAAUAAUAAUAGCAAUACUAAUCAACGUAAUGUUUGUAAUGAUAAUGAAGAUUUUAAUUUGAUACCAGAUGCAAAUCGACAGGUAGUAUAA